AUGGCAGAUAGUAAUCCAAAAGAUGAUUUGCCGCGCCUUAUUAUGGGCCUUACAGCACUGGAACACCGUAGAAUCAACAUGAGAAAAAUUCUUAGUGUUUUGAGCGAAAGAAGAUACUCGAGAUACAAUAGAAGUCAAUUGUUACGUCGACUUUAUGAGCUUGAGAGUGGAGGGCAUGUUCCACGUGAAACGCAUAAAGCUAUUGUUCUUUGGCUACAGAGGUCGCAGGCAUCUCGAGACCUCAAACGCAAGAGGUCCGCUGAACCCAUAUCUAAUGAUUACAGAGAUAUUCGGAUCAAGCACGAAGACUCCAUAAAGUCAGAAGCGCAACCGCAACCGCAACUCAAGGAAUGUUCUAUAUGUGCAGAAGACCUCAUGCUCGCUAAUUUCCCGCGUCGAAUUUCGGCUGAGUGUACGCAUGAUCCAACAUGCUGCAGCUCAUGUCUAUCUCGGUCUAUUGGUGUACAAAUUGAAAGCAAAGAAUGGGAUCAGAUUACAUGUCCCGAAUGCGCAGCACUUCUCUCCUUCGACAAUGUGAAGUUCUUUGCCUCUGAGGCGGACUUCAUUAGAUACGAUAAAAAAUCCCUCUCAUCUUGCAUCGAAAAUGAUCCCAACUUCACAAAUUGCCUUGGAACCGGCUGUAACGAUGGUCAAAUCCAUGAGGGCGGUGACGAUCAGCCUAUCAUGACAUGCAGAACAUGUAGUUUUAAAACAUGCUUCACGCACAAAAUGCCCUGGCACACCGAUUUAACGUGUGAAGGAUAUGAUGAGCAGUCUAGGGAAAGACUGCGACAAGAAGAAGCAAGCCAUGAUCUGAUGGAUGAGGUCACCAAGAGGUGUCCUAAUUGCCAAAUCCGCAUUCAGAAGAACGAAGGAUGUGAUCAUAUGACUUGCCGUUCUUGCAAGCACGAGUUCUGCUGGGAAUGUUUCGUCGAUUUCCAAUUAAUCCGCUCAGUCAGCAACGAAGAACAUCUAUCAACCUGUAGCUACUUUACGGGAAAUCUUCCACGGUAUCCAUAUCAACUCCACUAUCCCCUCCAAGUUUCCAGGAGACAUCAAACCAUUGCAAGAUCUGCAACCCCGGGUCCUGCACCACCACGUACGGCAUUCACACCGCAAGAACGUGGUAUUGUGGACCGCAUUCAUGCAUCUCGAGCGCAGCAAAACAUCGUCCGGGCUCCAUACAUCUUGCCUGAUGAAGACUCGGAUGAUGAACAAUUUGCUUUUGGCGGCUUGUUUGAAGAGGGAUUUUAG